UUGGCGCGCAGGGGCAGUUAAAAUGUUUUUUUGGGUACAAAAAGAACGGUGUGCUCUGUGGCAGCCAUGAAAUAUCGCAUAAAGUGGUCCUUUCCCAUUUCUCCUCCAUUUUCGCACCAUUUUAACCUCCCCUCAAAAAUACCCAUCAUUACCUUUUCAUAUUCGCAAAUUUUCUACCUUUUUCUUUCAGAUGGGUGAGAUCGUGUUUUACAAAAUUGGAUUUUGUGUUGAACAAAAUUAUAUUUCCUGAUCGUGUUGUACAAAAUUGGAUUUUGUGGGCAAAGUGAAAAUGGGAUCAAUUGAAUAAAUUCAAUAGGUGUGAGAUUUGGAUCAGAUGCAACAAGGAAAGAUGUACUUUGCCAGCCUUGAUGAUUCGCCCAUGUUUCGGCAACAGCUCCAGUGUUUGGAAGAAAGUGCUGAGACAUUAAGAGAUCGAAGUGUGAAGUUCCAUAAAGGAUGUCGAAAGUACACAGACGGGCUUGGAGAAGCAUAUGAUAGGGACAUUUCUUUUGCAAAUUCUCUUGAAACUUUUUCAGGGGGGCAUAAUGAUCCAAUUUCUGUGGCAUUUGGAGGCCCUGAUAUGGCAAAAUUUGCAAUUGCUUUGAGGGAAAUCGGAACGUACAAGGAAAUUCUUCGAUCACAGGUGGAGCAUGCACUGAAUGAUAAAUUAUUACAAUUUGCCAAUGUUGAUCUUCAAGAGGUCAAGGAAGGUCACAAGCGCUUUGACAAAGCUAAUGCUACUUACGACCAGGCUCGUGAAAAGUUUCUAUCAUUGAGGAGAAGUACGAGGAUGGACAUAGCUGCGUCCAUAGAGGAGGAACUUCAGAAUGCGAGGUCAACUUUUGAGCAAGCUCGCUUUGGUCUGGUUGGUGCUCUUUCGGUUGUUGAGGCAAAGAAGAGGUUUGAAUUGUUAGAGGCUGUUGGCAGUGCAAUGGAUGCUCAUCUUCAUUAUUUUAAACAGGGCUAUGAGCUAUUGCAUCAAAUGGAGCCUUAUAUUAAUCAGGAUACUUUAGCCAAUAUUCUUUCUUCUGUUGCCUUAUUGGUGCGUAUAUGUUACAUAUGCUUCCAAGGAGUACGAGUAAUGAGAUACAUGUGA